AUGUUUUACCCCUCCGUAGACGCCCAGGAGAAUUUGAUCCGCCGUGCGUACCGUGAUGCCGGCAUUGCAAGCACACCGUUGUUCGAAUGUCAUGGAACAGGUACAGUGGCCGGUGGUACAACCGAAGGAACUGUGAUUGCAAAGCUGACAGACCGGAGGAGCGUCUUUCUUGGGGUGGUCAAGCCGAACCUGGGACAUGCGGAAGGUGCAUCUGGCAUCAACAGCAUUAUGAAAUCUAUCCCUCGUGCUGAAACACAGAGCCAUCCCUCCCAAUAUCUAUUUCAACUCCCAUCAUCCGAAUACGACCGCCCUGAGUGGGUUAGCAUCAAUUCUUUCGGUAUCGGAGGGUCCAACGCCCACGUUAUUCUUAAGUCCGCCGAUUACUACAUGAAAAGCCGUGACAUCCCGAUCCGCGACAGAAAUAUUGCACCAUUAGAUAAGCCCCAAAUUAUACUCAUCUCAGCAAAUACUAAAGCGUCGUUGGAUGCUCGUAUUCAGCGGUUGACGACUUACGCAAACGGUAUGGAGAAGGAUUACCUUCUGUGCGAUCUAUCCCAUGCCCUUGCUGUACGGCGACGACAUCUCAUCUACCGCGUAUUUGUCAUUGCCCGCCCAGAUGUGGAGCUGACUGAACAGGGAUCCAUUCGCUCAUUAUGGUCUGGGGCGGUCCCAGAGGUGUCAAUUGUCUUUACCGGGCAAGGCACACAAUGGCCUGGCAUAGGUAAAAGAUUAUUGGAUACAGAUGCAGGCUUUGCUGCUGAUCUAAAAGCAAAUGGAUCAGAUCCUUCAGAGUCUUCAUACUCCUCCAUGGAACCUGCAAGGUAUUUCGAGAGACACUACUUACACGAACUACGCAGGGUGCAUCAAGCGUCUAGAGUCCACGAGGCAGAGCUGUCCCAACUCCUCUGCGCAGCUAUUGGUGUGGGCUCGGCGAUCAUGAGAGAAUUUAGCAAGGUCGUUGUGCACAGCCCUGGGGUGUUGAGCACUCCGAGGAUCAAAUCGCGGGUAUUGUGA